CCUCAACAGUUGAUACACGUAAUCUGCUGCCCGGAGGCUGAAGCACGAUGUCGCGGGUGAUUCAGGACUCGGACGGUGAGUUGGACGACGAUCUUGAGGUGGAGGUGCAGCGAACAGAGGCAAAAGACGCGUCGCCUAAGCAAUCCGCCAGCGAUGCUUCUUCUACAGUCGACAGAAGCCCUGAGGAGACAGAUUGAAGCAGCUCAUCGAGCGCAUCUGCAGUCUCAGUUUCCGGUUAACGACAACCAACUGCCAGCAACACUCGAAGUAAAUCAUCAAAAAAGGAAGACACCAGCCGAGUUCGAUUUGUACAGCCCGUUCAAAGAAAAUACGGUAUCGGAGAAGACCCCAAUUUGCAAGUUCGGCAGUUCACCCGGGGGCCUGCAGCAAGAUCAAACCUUUCUAGAUCAAACCUCAGAGCUAGCUGAUUCACAUGACGGAACACACUGGGUACUGGAAGGCACCAUGCGCGAAACAUACGCUCAGCAUAGUCCUAAUCCGAUGUUUCCUGAGCCUUCAAGUACAGUUCCGAACGCAACUCUAACGCAACAGCGCGUGCUGGAGGGAGUCCUUGCACCAGCACUGCUAGGAUCUAACGUCGAUGCUGGAAGAUCUCCAUUUCAACCAGAUGCCUCAAUUCCUUGGUCGGAAUAUCUGAAAUCGCCCACGACUACGGGAGAACAACCGAGGUCGUCCGCUCAGCACUCGCAUGGGUCACAGCCUACGCUACUUCCGGCGUCAGGGCCCAUACUGAACAAUAGCUCUGAUUUAUCUAUCUCACAGUCAUAUCGUAGAGCAUCAUUGACGCUCGUAGGCUGUCUUUCGCCUCAAGACAAGUCUACAGAUGUGGUCAACCCCCAAAAGUUGACCAUAUUUCCGACAGACGAGGUCGCGUACAAGGCUACACUACCGCAGGCAACACCAUCUUCGACUCUCAAUGAACUACGAGACAAAACUCCAAGUUCAUCUCGAAACUCGCGCAAGAUUAGGCGCAUUUCAAGCCCCGCUCCGACCUCGGAUGACGACUUGGCGGACUUGGGUCUAUCUAAAGAACAGUAUAAGCCACGUCCAAGCCGUUCGCGAUCACUAAAGGCUGGGACGCAGGAAACCACUGACUACUCAGUCAGACCUGAGAAGGCUACAAAGGCAAACAGACGGAGGAAGUCAACGCCUGCUAACACAGCUGUUGCGAACCCACCAAGCACUUCUGACAGAAUCCAGCAAAAUUGUGAUAUGGGGUUCACGCCGUCCACGAGUGCAAAGGCGCUGAAGCAGAACAAAGGUGAAGUCAUUCGAACCGUUGAUUGGCUCAUCACCAACGGAGUCGCCAAUGAUGAGCUCGCCUCUCACAUUUCGGAAAUGUCGAAGGGUGACGACAAGCAAGUCGGAACGAACUUCGACACCAUUCAGUAUGAUGGCGAUCGUAACGCUGGACGCAUCGUCGAUGUUCAGAUAACGCCAACGGGACUUGGUGCUCGAUUAGAUACUGUGACUGACAACAUGGCCACCGCAGAAACGGGGAAUCUCAGAAGCCCGGCCAAGGUACAAGUCGUGAUACCCGCAAGGACGCCCAAAUGCGCAGCCGGGACGGUUGAGGCAUCUCGCAGGAAGACAAAACGCAGGAAGACGACACUGGAUCAGCCUGAGCCGACCGCAACCGUUAAUGCGGUGACCGAAGCCAAGGCUGAGACAAGACGAGGAAGAGGGCAUCCCAAGAAGGCAACUGAGACCUGUCCGUCUGCUAAGAUAGUAAACGGAGAGGAAGAGGAGGGCCUAAGAGAGCAAGUCUCCGAUUAUCCGCUUCUCUCUGUAGAUGGAAACGCCCGACCCAAUUUGGGACAGCAACAAGCUAUCGAGGAUGCAGGGUUUCCGAACACUACGAAGCCAGUCCAAAGCCCUGGCAGCUCUCAACCUGCAAACACAAGGACCGCGGUUGUCACCUCGAAAUCUACGCCUGAGCCUCCGGAGCUCCUGGGUCGCCCCGAGGUAGAGCCUUUCACUCCAGAGCGUGUCAAGAAACCUGUUCCUCGAGAACAACCUUCGAGCAACAAGGCAAAGGUGCCACAUCGCGUGGGCCUAAGUAAGCGGACAAGAAUUGCACCGUUACUUCGAGUGAUCAAGAAAUAAUUCCCGGUAGUCCUUAUCCCGCCUCCGCUUGUUGGCGCAUGUGCCUGCAAAGCAUGACCUUAUGUUUUACUCAACGAU